AUGCAAUGGCUUGCUGAGUUGUUGCCCAUUCUUAAAACAGGUGAGAGAAUGGGGAUACUUUAGAACAUCAAGAGCAAAUGAACAUUUCAUUCAAGAUAAACAGAAAAAGAUCACGGCCUAGCUACACCAGUAAAACGAAACUGGAGCCUUAAAACUUUCCUAUCGAUCAAUGCAUAUCGACAGCUCGUGAGCUCUCGGAAUUUUUUCGUGUACGUUGAAUGGGAUACAAGGCCAACUAAUGAGUGAGGUAUCAAGUUGAAUUGAAAAUUGAAAUUUUUGCAGGAUAGAGAGAUCUAGUGUCGAUUAGUGAGGAAUCUGAUCGCAAGGUGGUUACGAACAAAAGUAAAUUGAAGAAAUAUGAACGGUACUGUGUAUAUUGAAUGAUUAGUCCCUAACGUCAGUAUGCAGAUUCUCCAUACUGUUCUCUAUACAUUUCCUCAGGUGCUGACAAGAAGAAUUUGUUUAACAAUCAAACGCUUUAAGGAGUGAUCGCUUCUCGUGACCUUGAUGUGAAAUAAGAUACUAGUCACUCUAAGAGGUCAAAUGGUUGAUCGACAUCAGUAAGCUUGAUCGAUUCAUAUUGAUUGAAAUCCACUGGUUUCAGCUCGUGGAUUUUCACACACUGAUCAGGAGAUGUUUUAGAGUCAUUUUAAGAUAGUAUCAAUACCUUACUUUAUGUUUGUUUUCUUUCUUUAAUUUUCUUUUUUAGUUGUAGAGAUGCAGGCAGGUGGAAAAUAUCCCAGCAAUGAAGAUGGAAGAGUUUAUUUUUUCUUUCCAAAAAUGGGGUAUCCCUCAGGGAACUUCCAUGAGGUGGGUGGGAGAGACAAGGAGGUGAAAAUCACUUGCUUCCCUUACACUACCCUCAAAAUUAAACCUCCUGUACUUUCAAUUUGAACCUCAACCUCUGCAGAUUAAUGAUUACUGUAUGAUAAAUCUUGCCAUUUUUUUCAAACUUUGUGCCCUUUGACAGUUCCUGAUUCCUUCUCUUCCUGCACCCCUCUCAGUCCUUAUUUUCCUGCAACCCCUCUUUCUGGCUUUCUCGUCCCCUUCCACCCUCAUCUGUUUUUUGGCAAAAUGUUAUACCACACUGUAUCAGAGCAGAUGCAUAUGGUUUACAGUGAUAUGUUUCUAUUUUGAGGACUUCUCGUCAGAAGACAAUGAUAAUGGAGCCUGUCUUCUUUCUAGAUUAUCACAAAAUAUGUCAAUGCACUGCUGAACACAAAGGGAGGUGUCUUGGUGUUUGGAGUUGACCCUGUCUCUUGUAAGUGUCUGGUGCUGUUAGCCUAAGGGUAUUUUUUUUUUAUGUAAAUGAAACAUUCAAUUUGAUCAGCAGGUCCAUUCAAAAUUUCUUCUUGAAUUUAAUGUGAUAUUUCAUAUAAGUUUUUGAUUAGUUAUCACCAGAUAAGCAUAGUGGCUUCACUGCGCUGGACUCAAGGUUGAGAAAUCCAUCUUUGAGACCUUGCUGUCACAUUGCAUGAUGUGUUCUCAGGAAAGACUCUUUCCUUUACUGAGGGUACUACUCUGGAAUCCAACCCAUAACAGACAAGCACCAGGGGGCCCAAAGAGAACAUAAAUCAACCAUCUUAUGGAUGAUACAGAAUGUAGGAUUGAAGAACUUCCAGAUGCUAUUAAUGACAGACAAGCAUGGAUGAAACCUGUCAUGGAAAGCAGAGCAAGCUCAACCUGAUGAUGAUUAUGUGGGUCCCUUUGCCCAGGAGAAUACCUUGGAUACCAGCAACCUGUCAGGGCACCUGAUAAAAUGCUGGGGGGCAAGGGGGGGGGGAAGGUAACUUGUGUGGAUGAGUAUCCCACCCUGGGGAGUGCAAAUGCCUUUUAGCCUUUUCAUCUUACAGAACCAGAGUAAACUCUAGUAGGAUGGACCACAUGGCAGACGAGCGCUGACUUGAUCUUUUCAUUCAACCAGGCAAAAUUUUAGGAUGUCAUGUCAACAGAGCUCAGGAGGACCUUUUCAGAUUGGAAUUUGACAAAGAGGUCAGAAACAUGAGACCAACAGUGUCUCCGAGUCUUUGCAGGUACAGUACAGUAACUCUUUUUCAAGAUUAUAGUCAAGGAACUUUGAAAUUGCUGCUAUCAAGCAUCAUCCUUUUCCACCCACAAGGGUGAGAGGUAUCAUUCAAGGAAUCAUUGGAGUGAUCAGUAAGUAAUUUCUCCUCACAAUAUUCAUAUAUCGUCUAGCAGAAAGGUUAUGAGAAGGAAGAUAAUCAUCAACAUCGUACUUUGUUUGAUUAAAGAUUAUAUUCUCAGAGCUAACAUUUGUUAUGAUGUACAUGAUGUAUGACAGACAGUGAGAAAAAUUGACAUUAAGAUAUUUUGAAUGAAAAAGGGUAAAGUUAUGAUUGCAAUGAAUAAGCUUGGAAUUUGCUGCUUUGAAAUUUAGCUAAGCUAUGCAGCAUCAUUUGUAGGGAAUCAGCGAGGUAUCCAUGACAAUCUAUCAACCCUAAAAUGAAGGGGUAAGUUUCUAAAGAAACUGUAGUGCUGCAUCAGUGGGAGAGUAUAACAGGUAAUUUAGUGUUAACAACUGAGUUGAAAACGUAAAUUAGCCUUCAUAGAGGGUAAAAAUGCUGAUGUUUCCAGCGUUAGCCCUUCGUCAGAGCAAUUGAAUCAAUCGAACCAAUCAAACCAAUCGCUCUGACGAAGGGCUAACGCUCAAAACGUCAGCUUUUUUACCCUUUACAGUGGCUAAUUUGUUUUCAACUCAGUUGUUAACACUAAAUUACCUGCUAUCAAUCCUAAAAGUCAAGUCAAGGUGAUUAACUUAUGUUUUACCAAAUCAGGUUUAUACUGACAAAGUUAGAAAAUUCCCCACUGUGUGUGCUAGAAGUGAAAAUAAGCGCAGCCCCUAUUGGAGAAAUGUAUAUGAACUCAUCUGAGCAGGUAAGUAACCUAACAACAGCAUGUCAAGAUCUGAUUGUUAAUUCUCCCCUCUUGCUGCAACACUUUUCCUUGUAAAUUAGUAACAAGAAUUUGAUGUGAGAUCAAGACAACAACUUCUACUUGAAAAUUUCAGUAUUCUCAUUACCUGUUUUCUGGAUAAUGUAUGGAUAUUUUAGGGAGAAGUUACAUGUUAGUCAAAUCAUGGGGAUAAUUAUACUCGUUUUGUGCAAUUUUUUUUACUCUACUAAGUGUAGUUGGAUAAUAAAUAUUCCUUAGUAGGCAUUUUUGUGUGUAGUAUCACAGAGUAUUUUAAUGAGUUGUGCCGUAUUUUGGAUACUCAGGGGUACUCAGUGAUACUACACACCAAAACUUCUAAUAAGUUAAUUACUAUCCAACUGCUAUAUUUCAUUUGCAUUUCUUGAAAGGUGCGAAAAGCAGAGUAGACAGAGAAGCAUAGUGCAUGCAGCUGAUCAGUGAAACAGGUUUUUUUUUUUUUUGGUACAAAAUAACCAACUGUCCAAUGUUUUAGGACAUUUGUACUUGAUUUAGUGCAGUUGGAUAACAACACCAUUCAUUAUCUAUUCAAUAGUGAUAUCAUUAUUAAAAUAUUAUAAUUGCUUUCCAGGUUUAUGUUAUAAGGCAAAGAAAAUUGUUUGGUCCUCUGAGACCUCAAGAGAUUAAAGACUUAGUGAUUGCCAAAUACCGAGAGGUAGUGUUUGCUUUAAUUAUAAAAUUUAUCAAUAAAUACAAGUUAAUCCAUUUACUCCUAUGAUCUGGAUAUCAGUUCUCUUUACUGUCUGCUAUAUGUUUCUAAUAAUUUCACUUUUGAGAAUUUAGUGAACAAUUUUCCCUACUUGAUACUUUUCUUACUUCUCGUCACCUUUCUGGACAAAAAUGUAUUGAUAUUGUGAAGAGAAAUAAUCACCAAGAGUAGUGCUUUCCCUCCUGGAUGGGAUCAAGUUCCAUCCAGCAUUUUGUCAGGUUUCACAAACAAUUCACUGGUAAACUUUUUUAUUCUUUGCCCUGGUUGUUGAAAUGAAGGAUCAUUUUGAAUAAAUCUCUAUCCGGCCCUAGUUGUUUGAAGGAUGGAUAACACUAUCCAAUGGAUAAAUUGCUCUCCAGCCGAGAAGCGUUAACAAAGCACACUGCGCUAUCCAUUGGAUAGAGGUUUAUCCAGUGAAUAGUGUUAUCUUCCCUUCAAACAACCAGGGCCAGGUGAGUAGCAAAAGUGUGUUUUGUUCACACUCAUCUGCUAAAAAAUCAAUUUAUAUCCGAGUUGUUCUUAGGGCAGAUAAUGCUAUUCAACCAGUAAAUUGCCUUUCAAUGGGUAAGUGUCAUCAAAACCUACUGUGCUAUCCUUGAGAUAGAGAUUUACCCUUUGGAUAGAGUUAUCCACCCUUUGAAUAGCUAGGUUCUGGGUAGAAAGGAGCAAUGUGCAAGUGUAGCCUAGUAACUUCAUUCUAGAACACAAUACACUGACCCAGCUAGGUCUAAAAUGGUAACAUCUGUGAAAUAAUUAUAACAAAAUAUAACUGUUUGUUGAUGAAGCAUCCAUUUACAAAUAUUGAUCACUUAUCUAACUGAUGAUCAGUUUCCAUUAUUCCAGGGGACUUUUUAUGAUUUAAUUAGUCUUGGUAUGUAAAAAGUAUUCCAAAAUUAAUUUUGCUGACAGUAAUUUUUUUUAAUAUUACCAGGAAAUAUCCUCCACAGUAAAUCUUCUCUCACCUGCAAAAGAAUCCCAUGAACGAGUAAAGUAGUUUCGGAACUAUUGCAGAAAAGAACAAGUUCAGUUAAAUUCACAAUGUUGGGAAAAUUUCUGUUGGUCCCUCUGUCUGGACCUUAAGAGUCAGGACGGCAACUCAGAGGAAGACGUUGAUUAGAAAAUGAAUCUAUAUAUUUGGUUGAAAUUCCAUGGGAGGCUGAAAGUCAUUUAUGCUUUCUCAAGGCGCACACCUCAACUUCAGUCAAACAUUUGUAUGCAACGUUGAGUUCCAAAUAGAAACUUUAAUAGUUUGCCAUUGGGGAUCCUCUCCUCAAGCCAUGUAAAUUUUGAUUAUUUCACAUUAAUGUUUUACAGACAGCGAAGAAAUGUACACAGUUUUAAGAUGCAUGGCUAAGCUAUUUUUCUGUAUUUGAGAUCUUUUGUUUUGCCAGAUCCUCAAUGUCAUCAUGAUUUGCAUAAGGUUCUCUUAAUUUUCAACAGUAACUAAAGGUUUGGUGUGCAAAUUAACCCAAUUAAAAGACUAGUUCACAAAUCACAAAGUGAUGUUCCUUAUGCAUUCUUUACAUUCAACCCUUAGUCCAUUUUUCCACCACAUUUUUCACAAGUAUCUGCCACUUUCCUGUUUUGUUAUGUGGUUAUUCAUUUAAUCUGGGUGCAGUAGGAUUCCUUGUUCAUUAAAAUUUUUCCCUCUGCAUCUUGACAGCAAGACUUGAGGGUGGAACUGGCUAUUCUGAUGAAAAUAUUUAUAAGGGCUAGUAUUUCUAAUUGUCCAUUAAAGAGAC